GAACUCGCCUUCAUCAUGAUGCCGUUUGUGUGGUUGGCGGUCGCCUCUUUGAUCAGUGUCUACGCCUUCAACUAUUACCGUUGCUACACGCGCAACCUCGCCGCAGCCAAACAAUCGGGCCUGCCCUAUAUCGUAGCACCAGUUUAUGCGUUCAAUCGAUUCUGGCUCGUAACACACAAGCUCUGGCUUCCGUUACUCGAAAAACUCCCCAAAUCCUGGACAGAUCCAUGGUUACAGAUCGAGCUGACCGAUAUUCAGGNNUUCUUGGAUCCUGAGUGGACUUGGUUGAAGAGGCACGAGCCCUUCAAGGCCAUUGGAAGUGACAUUUUCAUCGUGUGUUCGCCCGGCAGGAACUCGGUGUACGUUGCCGACCCCGAGGCAACCACACAGAUCACCACUCGUCGCAAUGAUUUUCCUAAGCCAAUCGAAAUCUACGGCUCUGUGGAUCUGUUUGGCAAGAACGUGGUGAGCACAGAAGGCUCGAUAUGGCGUCACCAUCGCAAGAUCACAUCUCCUCCAUUCACCGAGAAGAACAAUCAUCUUGUGUGGCAGGAGAGUCUGCACCAAGCUCAGAGCAUGAUGGCUUCGUUCGUUGACGAGAAGGCCGAGAAGGGUACUGUGUCUGAUAUCGCCGCUGCCACUAUGCGCUUGAGUUUGCAUGUUAUCAGUCGUGCUGGCUUUGGCAGACGUCUGUUGUGGCCGCACGAGGAAGUCAAGGAGAAUGGACAAGCUGGAGUCGUACCUGAGGGUCACACUAUGACUUACAAGGAUGCACUGAGCACACUGCUGGAAAACAUCAUCGCUGUGAUGCUACUCCCGAAAUGGUUCCNNUUGGUAAGCUCUGGUUUCGGUGUAGUGAUUUCACGAAUAUUGACAAUGUACACAGCAAACUCACCAAUCAAGCAGAACAAAAUCGCCUACGAAUCAUUUACUGAGUGGGGCAAGUAUAUGCGGGAAAUGUAUCAAGACAAGAAGGCCGAAAUCAAAGCAGGCGAGAAGCGCGAAGGCAUGGAUCUCAUGGGAGCACUUGUAAGUGGUGCAGGUAUCAAGGCAAACCAAGACCCAGAGAAGGCCGACACACAACUACUCACCGACAAUGAGAUCUUGGGUAAUGCUUUUGUCUUCAUCCUGGCUGGUCACGAGACUGCAGCAAAUACCCUUCACUUCGCCAUGUUGUACCUGGCAAUGAACUGGUCCACUCAGGAAAUGCUUCAGAAGGACCUGGACGAGAUCUUUGGAGAUCGAACCAUUGACCAGUGGGAUUACGACCAGGACGUGCCAAAACUGUUUGGUGGCAUGUGCGGCGCUGUCAUGAACGAAGAGCUCCGCUUGAUCCCACCUGUGGUCGGCAUCCCUAAAUGCACACCCAAAGGUUCGCCACAACCACUAACCCUUGCCGGCCGCCGUGUGAUCGUACCCGAAGGCAGCGCCAUCACCCUCUGCACUGUUGGAUCUCACCGCAACCCCAAAUACUGGCCUACACUCUGUGGUUCGAACGCCUCAGAAGCCGAAGUCGAGAAAGAUCUGGCAUCUUGGAAACCCCAACGAUGGAUUCAGGACUCGUCAAAAUCAAAUUCAUCGGCAGCAAAGCAACAACAAACCCAACAAUCUGACUCAGAAGAAGACAUCGGUGGCCCACAAUCGUCAGACACAUCUUCUCAUCUCUUCAAUCCCGAACGAGGAGCUUUCAUCCCCUUCUCAGAAGGCUACCGCGCAUGUCUCGGUCGCCGUUUCGCUCAAGUCGAGGUGCUCGCUGUACUGGCCGCCAUUUUCCGCGAAUAUAGUGUAGAACUUGACUUGGACAAACAUGCAAGUGAAGAGAAACUUGCUGCCAUGGACGAAACUUCGAGAAGACAGACGUGGGAUAAGGCCAGGAAUACUGCGGAAGACUUGCUCAAGCAUGGCAUGAUGACCAUUAUUACGAUUCAGAUGCGCGCUGGCAAGGUACCGGUCAAGUUCACCAAGAGAGGAAGCGAAAAGUACAAGUAUAACUGA